GAACGGACAGCUACGAACAAGAUCGAGGGCCGUUAUGAAUUAAUACACAAAUCCAGAGUAUAUACAGAUAUACUCUGCACAAAUCCUUGGGAAACGCAUCUGCUGUUCCCACAACUAUGUAAAAUGACAAAUAAUCGGUCUUUUGUCUUCUUGAUGACUUGUUUAAGUUUCACCUACCCCAGAAAAUGCAAAAUACACUACACAUUUAACACUUAAAAUCUAUUAACACAUCGGCUCAGUAAGGCUUGCAAACGAAGGAAAUAAAGUGGCGCCACAGGCACAGAGAAUGUCCCUCGUGAUCCUUGUAUUACAAGGAAGGCUUAGUGCGCAUGCGCCUCAUGUCCCAAUGUUUACAAACAAAGGCAAGAUAAAACAGAGCUGUACGUAGCAGCCCCCGACAACAUGACUUCUGAAAUGGAUGAGCGUUUCCAGAAAUUUAGUAAUCAAAUGACCUCUAUACGGAAAUUUAUAAUGAGUGGAAAUUAUCCUCCUGAAAUGAACAGUAAUGUUAAAAGGCAAUUGAGGAAACAAAGCAAUGCUUUUAAGAUGGAAGAUGACAAGUUAUAUCGAUGCAGAAGAGGGAAUUGGGUGGAAAUUGUAACUUCUCCAUCACAAGCAUAUGAAAUAUUAAAGAUCAUCCAUGAAGCCAAUGGAAGUCAUAUUGGCAUUGUUAAAACAAAAAGUAGAGUUUCCAUGAAAUAUUACUGGUAUGGCAUGUCACACGAUGUGAUUGACUAUGUAUCAUUAUGUCUAACAUGCCAGCAAUCAGAAAAAUUCAAAAAGCCUUCUCACACUUCGACUCAAACAAUAUCUGAUCCCCUGGAAAUUGAAGGAAUGGAACUGAGUGAAAAUUCAGCAAGUGCAGAAGGCAUAACAGACAUCACUGACCUUCCUUUGAGACGUGUGAAAAUAAAGAAACAUGUGGUAAGAGAAUAUGUUACCUGCUUUGUACCAACGUGCAAGAACUCUACAUGGACAGCACCAGACAAACGCUUUAUAGCUGUGCCCCAAAGCAAAACCAAAAAGAGGGAGUGGUGGAUCAGCGUUGGCCGUGAUUUUCCCAUGGUGGAACAUCAGUAUUACUGUUGUGAAGACCAUUUUGACCUUCGAGAAGAUGCUACAAACUACCUUUACGUAAAGAUGAUGGGUGGGAAACUUAAACUGAAAGAAGGUGUCGUUCCUCACAUAUUUCCCUGUAAAGAGGAACAUCUGUCACAGGAAGAGCUCUUGAAAAUGCUUGAAGAGAAUCUUUCAGACAAUUCAAGUGUGGAGGAAGAUGAUGAUACCGAGAUAUGUGAAGCAUAUGUUUUAGAGCCUCCUGUCAAGCACGUUGGAGUACAGACUCCCAUGUUGCACUUUAGGAAUGAACUUUCUGACAAGUGGAUGGAGUUUGAUCAAGACACAUCAAUUCUCUCCUGUUUGACUCAGAGGGAUGACUUAUCUACUCAAUCAGAACUACAAAGAAGAAUUUCAUCAAACAACUCAUCAAUCCAUCUCUUCAGUGAUCCCUUAGAAAUUCAUGAGUCCACAUCAGGUUUGGCCCACAGUUUUAUAAAUGAUGAAGAUGAUUCUGAUGAUGAUGAUAGUGAUGAUGAAGAAUAUGAAGAUCCUGCAGUUCUUCUUGCUACAGGUAAAGGAACCAAAUUGAUGGAACUUCUAAGGAAGUAUAGAAAGGAAAAGAAAUUCUCAUCAGCUCCAUUACAAGAAUGGAAGUCGUCUCCAGUGACUAGAAGACAGUUUCCAGUACGUGAUGGUCCCCAAUGUAUGACACAGAUUGCUGAUCAUACCUUUUUGAGGAAAAUGAAGUUCAUCCUAAGCAUGACCCUUUUACCAUCAAUAUUGAAGGUGUAACUUACAGAAGCAUUUUUAAAGCUCAUGAGGAAAUUGUAUUGUCAAAUUACAUAGCAAGUGAAGUCAUGAAAAGGACUUUCUUGACCAUACCAGUACUUUGCAAUAUGGUGUAUGAUUUCUGUGUGAUGUACGGCUUUGACCGUCCACCUGCUUGGGAUAUGAACCAAUCAGCUGACAAAGAAUGGUUGCAAGGAUUCAUGAAGAGACAUCCAUUCAUUGACUGGCACACUAUUAUUAAUAAAAAUAAAAGUAGAAUUCUUAAGCCAAGUGAUGAAGUAGAAGAGAGCAGUGGAUUCAUUUUUAUACAGGUUAUACAAAAAGAGGAAAAUGAAGAUGAAAAGCCUACAUUAUGUGAUACCAUUGCAUUAGAUCAUAAUUAUGCUCUAAGUACAAUGCUUCAACCUUUAUAAAAAUGCUGAGAGUGUUUAACUAUAAGCUUUUGUAUUUCCAUACAUAACAAGUGCUGUUCAGAUAUUCAUAGUGAUACUUAGCCUAUAUGUAUUUGUUAAAUCCCUAAUUUGUGAUUGGGUUAUGUUCCUGAAAAUGCAACCAUAGAGUGAAUGAUUGUUUAGCAAACUAAGGAUUGAAUACAAAUAUUUUUAAGACCAUGUGUGCUAUAUGUACUGGCUAAAACCCAUGAAAUAUUAUAUUUAAACAAAGUUACUGCCUAAAUAAAAUAAAUACAAGAUUAAAGCAAUAACAUAAAUUAAUGAAAAUAGUUUUUGUAAUUAUGCUCACAGUAGCAUCAAGUUUAUAUGUCUCCCCUGAAGAUGGAGAACUCCUUUGAAACUAAGGGGUAUUAUGACUAUGUAUAACUUAAUUUUCUUUUUCUUAUUAUUGUUAUUAUUAUCAUUAUUACCAUAAUUAUUAUUUAUUAUUUACAUUAUGUGACACUACAUGUCUUUGUAUCCAUAAUUACUGGUGGUCUCACUUUGUUCAGUCAGUCACAGGUUUCACUCCUUGCCAGACAGUCCCAGUUAGACUCUUGGGCGUCUAUCUUGUCACUAGGCUAUAAUCAUUCACUAACUGCUAAUAGGGGCACAUAUUGUUCCUAUGGAUAGUCCAGGGGCUUGGAACAAUAGCAAACACUGCAAAAUGGCUCUAGUAUAAUGAAAAAAAUCUUGCUGUCCAUAAUUUUGACUGUCCCUGCAGAGGCUGGCUAGUGACUGACUUAAAUGCCACAAGUGAUCCCUACACACAAAAUAAUGGAGAGAAACGUAAUAAAACACAUAAAUGUUAAAUUAUAGUAAUAAUGGUGAUAAUAAUAAUAAUAAUAAUAAUAAUAAUAAUAAUAAUAAUAAUAAUAAUGAUGACAAUAAUAAAAAAAAAAUGAACUCAUAGUAUAUACAUGGAUACAUACUAACACACCCAAGCAAAUGCAGCUAUACUUGCCUGUGAAGUGAGUGAGUGCACACUCCAGCAAUUGUUGAAACUAAUCAUAACCAGUCAUUUAGUUGGCAAGAGGUAGUAAAGAAAAAGGAUUGUAUAUGAGGCCUCAAAACCAUAAGGCUCAAGUGCCAUUUUUUUUUAAACUGAUAAGAAUUCAU